AUGAGCAAGUUCGGCUGCUUGGGGCAUCUCUCUACUGGGUCGGCUCUGUUCGGGGUAUGGUGUCCCAUCCAGCCUGCCGAUGAGAUCAUGUGGGGUCAACUUGACGGCUACCACAUCGCCCUACCGCACCAAUCGCGCCAACAGGAGUCAUGCACGUCCAAGGUCACUUCCUACACUGCAGUGACGGCCGCCACCAUCAACACUCAGUAUCUCCACUACGGCAACACUUACGACAUCCCAUUACACGCCAGCACUCGACAACCCCACUACCCGCCAGAGUUCGACACCACCCACUUCCCACCAGAGCGCCACACUACCCGCUGCCCGCCAGAGCUCGUCUCCACCCACUGCCCGCCAGACCUGAGCAGAUCCAAGAAGAUCAGCGGCAACACAGCGGGACUUCACACGCGAGAAGAACUUCGUCAAUGCAGUGAUGCAUCGAGUGCCCAGUUCAUCCGUCCGCGAAAGCUGUCCCGCUCCCUCACUGACCCAGUGGCCAGACACGAUAAGUGCGCGUGGCACUGCGCCGCAGUAGCUCGUGGCUCUGGCGUGAGCGACAUCAACCUCGGCGUCGCUGCAGCAGCCACAGUGGCACUGUCAGUGCCCAAGCUCAGCUAG